AUGGCAGACGUGUCCAAUGGAACCGGUACCAAUGACCAGUUCCAGUCCACUCUGGACAAUGUUGACGAGAUGUUUACCAAAUUGAGUAUCCCAGAAAUCCAACGAUUAUCAUCUCAGUAUAGUACCAUUAUUGCAACAACAAAGAAUGAAUUGCACAAUUUAGUUAGCGAUAAGUAUCGUGAUUUGAUCAAAAUAGCAGAAGACAUUGGCGAUCUACGAAACAAUUCACUCACGAUUGAGGAAAAAUUACAAGAAAUUUCCUACAAACCAUCGACAUUUGUAUCACCUUACAAGGAUUCAUAUGCUAAAUUUGAAUCCAUUGUACGAGAUCAGAAUGCAACCAAAGCUAAACAAAACUCGAGAACAGUGAUUGUUCGCAAUGUUAUCCAGAAAAGGUUGGCCAAAUUGGCCAAUAAAAUCUCACGUGAAGGGCCCAGUCCUAUACUUCACACGUCCAAUUUUAUACCAUUCGUGAAGGAGCUCUACACCAUUGAAGUUGUUUUUGGAGAUGUGUUGAAGGAAAAGAAGGAUCUUCAACAGCAAGUGCACAGCAUUAAGUACCACUUGCUUGACUACUUUGAGCAUGAAAUUUCGGUUUACAAUUUCCCCUUGACACUGUUUAAUUCGAACGACAAGUUUAGUCUUCGUCAACGAUUUUUAGCAAAGGACUUUUUAACGGAUCGCAACGCAAAGUUCGUUGAUGACAUCUCAUUCAUAGAAGAGGAUUUUGAUGAAUUUCAGGAUGACGAUGAUGCUGAGGAGGAUGGCACUGACGAUAUUCAAGUGAAACAAGAGCGAUUUGACAAAUUGGACACAUUCAAAAACACCAACUACAACAGAAAUGUCCUGGCUUUGUGCAACUACUUAGUAUGCUAUACAAUACUAUUAAGUGGCACUUCAAAUAGCAAAGAUAUCAAACAAAAAUUGAUUGACCUCAGAAUGAAGUACAUAAACAGCUUAUUGGCCCUGUCAAGCCAAAACACCCCAAUCAAUUACAGACUGGUAUUUCUGUACUUGGAGAACACAUGCACAUACCUCAGAAGCUAUUUUGGAGACAAUAGAGAUAGUGAUUACUUCCGAACCCUUCGUGAUAUAGCUAAGCCAUGGAGUUUAGUUGAGCUAGUGGGACAUAGAGGAUGGAUUGAUGACUCACAAGUUGACUUUGGUGAGUUCUUGGACACUGAUGGUGAAUACCUAGAAGUCAAUCCGAACAGCUCUAACAAAAUCGUGGAGUUCAUCUCAAGAUUAGCUUCUAUCUCGUCUCAAUCCACAGAAACACCUCCCACGAUGGAUUUCUUGACUAGUUCGAUAGUCAAAUAUUAUACCUUCAUAAUGAGUUUGAAAAGACUUGAUGAUGCAACCAAGCUUGUUGGGGUACAAUCUCAAUUGAUUGAUCUUGUUUCCAAAACAAAACUACUCGAUGAAUUGUCGGCAAAUUUGGAGAGUUUGAUCAAGGAAAUCUACGAUAACCAUGUAUCAAAACUAAUGAAUAACGAGGGAAUACUAGGAGCAGUGCAGGAUGUGCUAGAUAGUGCUGUUUCUGACAGUGUCACUCACAAUCCUUUUGACGUCGACGUGGUCAAUGUGAUGGAUUACAACCUUGGGGAGUACAUGAAAUUGGUCAUAAACAAAGGAGAUAAUACAAACAAAGCGCCAUACAACACUACUUACCAGUUGAAGCAAUGGCUAAAUGAGAGUUUUCAAUUGAAAAAGAUUACCGAUUUCAAUCGUGAUUUCUCUGAGAUGCUCAGAGGAAAGAAGGAUAUUUAUGACUACCUCCCCCAAUUGUAUCAUAGUUUGCGAAGUGAUGGUGUCCAGUGGGGCGAUUUUACUGGUGACAGUUUGAAGAAACGAUUCCAAACACUUUCUACCUCAGUGAACCAGAGCUUUAAUCAAGAGAUUUCAAAAUUUAGUACAUCUUUGUUUGAGUUGAGCUCAGAAGAGAGAGAGGUAAGCAAAUUAAUUUAUCUUAUUGGUCUUUUGACGAGUUUGCGUAAUGAGAUCAAGUCAAAAAUCGCUGCCACGAAUAGUGAUACAGGCGCAUUGAUGACUGCAGUAGAUUCAAAUAUUGACAGCAUUUUCAAGAAAGUUGUAUCUCAUGUAUUAGAUGGGGAGGUUUACAACCUUAGGCAAUUGAUUAUAGCAAAAGAGUCCCAAGCUAAUGAGGUGGAUAUACCUACGAGGCCUAAUAUUCAAUUGGCUCUGAAAAUGUAUGAGGUAGCUCAAGCCUUUCUUACGCAAGCUUCGAAGAUUGAACCUCAUAACGUUGAUUUGUUUCUGAACUCAUCAUUGGUACCUAGCCAAUUUAUAAAAGUCAAGAAUGAAUGGUUUGAGAAGCUGAUUGAAGUUAUUGUCUUUCAAAUUAACUCAUCAAUGAAUGAGAGUGAUAAAGCUGAUGUAAAAGAGGAGGAAGCGGGGGCAACUACCUGUGACACGGGAACCGAAUCAAAAGCAAGUAAAGAUGCUAACCUGAAUGACAAUGCUGUAGAUGAGGCAAAGCAGAAUGAAGCAUCAGAUUUCAACAGAGACGCAAAUGAAUCACAAACUUACAUUUUACAAACAGCAGCAAACAUUGCGUUUUUAAAGUUAUUCUACAAACCCAAAAUCAAUGCAGAGGACAUCAAAAGUGUAAUUGACGCCCUUUACAAUAAUAAAAAUGCGGAAAAAUUCAACGAAAACAUGUUGGAAAUUAUCGCUAGUGGCAUUUCUUCAUUUUACAAAACUAGAAAGAAUGUAUAUUUACCGCUACUGUGA